UCGCCAUGUGACACAUACGUGCUAACACCAAACCGGGAGCAACGCGAGGCUUGCCAGCUAAUCGAACAAAUGCUUAAACUGACAAGUUGGGGGUGAAAAAACAAAUUAACCGAAGCGUUUAAUAGCCUUGCUGGACAUAAAUGUCUCAAUGGACGUCAUAUUCGAGGGAGGAGGAGGAGGAAGAGGAGGUGAGACAUGCCUCUUCCGCUGUGGCAGCAUGAUAAAACUUGAAACAACACGCUGCCCAAGGACGGGAUCAUAGAGCUUCUGGACUAUUGUGAAAGGUCAUUGUUUUACAUUUAAAACUUUAAAGCUGACAAGCAAUGGAGGGCCAAGUGGAGGAGAAAAUGUGUGGGAAACUGAGGGCCACCUGCGUCGUGUUCAAUUCCAAGCUGAGGGGCGCCUUUACGUGGGAUCUGCUGAAGACCCUGGUCAUGGGCCAGGUCUUGUCCUUGUUGAUCUGCGGCACAGCGGUGAGCUGUGAGUACCUGGCCAUCGCCGGUGUUCAGACGCCCAUGUUGCAGAGCUUCCUCAACUACACCUUGCUGCUGCUCGUCUACACCACCAUUCUUUGCACCCACAAAGGGAAUCGCAACAUCUUUCAGGUGUUGAAGACCAAGUGGUGGAAGUAUCUGCUGAUGGGUCUGGCAGAUGUGGAGGCAAACUACACUGUGGUCAUGGCCUACCGCUAUACCACGCUGACCAGCAUCCAGCUGCUGAACUGCUUUGUCGUGCCGGUGCUGAUGCUCCUGUCCUGGUUCCUCCUGAAGACCCGCUACAAGUUGCUCCACUUCAUCGCCGUCACUGUGUGCCUGCUGGGCGUGGCCGCCAUGGUCGGUGCCGACAUCCUGUCAGGGAGAGACCAGGGUUCCACCAGUGAUGUGGUGCUGGGUGACAGCUUGGUCCUGAUCAGCGCCGUCCUCUACGCCGUGUCCAACAUAUGCCAGGAGUUCACUGUGAAGAACCUGAGCCGGGUGGAAUUCUUGGGCAUGAUCGGCUUCUUUGGGACGAUCAUCAGUGGAAUCCAACUAGCUGCGCUUGAAAUCAGUGCUGUCAAGGAAAUCAAAUGGAACUUUCACGUUGCCAUGCUGUUUGUGGCGUACGUGCUUUGCAUGUUCGCACUGUACAGCUUCAUGCCCGUGGUGGUGAAGCGGACCAGCGCCACCGCCGUCAACCUCUCGCUGCUCACCGCCGCCCUCUUCAGCCUAUUUUGUGGCAUCUUCCUCUUCCACUACACGUUCUCGGGGCUGUACAUCAUGGCGUUCCUCUUCAUCAUGGUGGGUUUCGUCACGUUCAACGCCAUCCCCACCUACGCCCCUCAGCCUGAGCCCGACACCGUGGACCCUUCAGACCAGGAGGCUCAGAGCGCCUCGGACCGCCUGCUGCCGGUAAACGGAGACGGCGUGCCGAGAAACUGCGGAUUGAUGGUAGUCGCCGCCCUGUGACCACAGAAGAAGACUUUCUGUUCUAAGAAAGGCAGCUGGAGGUCAGCAGAGUGGUUGUGGUAUGUGGAUAAAGGCCACAGUGACAUUGUUGUUACAAAAACAAUUCUAGAAGGACUACUGAUAGAUUGUCGUGCGCCAUCAAAUCAGAGAUGUUACUGAACUGCUAUGUGGAGCUUAUGUUACACCAAAUUAUUUUCUAUUUAUACCAUUUUAUAUUCUACUCUUCUAAACUGUUUACGGUGUCGCAUGUGUUCUUUAAUCUGGACUCUUUUAAAUUAUUUGCCGGUUGGUAGAGUGGCUGUGCCAGCAACUUGAGGGCUCCAGGUUCAAUCCCCCCUUCCGCCAUGCUAGUCACUGCCAUUGUGUCCUUGGGCAAGACACUUUACCCACCUGCUCCCAGUGCCAUUCACACUGGUUUAAACGUAACUUAGAUAUUGGGUUUCACUCUGUAAAAGCGCUUUGAGUCACUAGAGCAGUGGUUCUUAACCUUGUUGGCGGUACCGAACCCCACCAGUUUCAUAUGCGCAUUCACCAAAAAAUAAAAUGUUUUUUUUAUUUUCAAAUUCAAGACAAAGUUAUAUGUUUUGGUACCACUUUAUUAUGUGGAACAUAUUCAAAGUAACAAAGACUUAAUUUAGAGUUAUUUGGUUAGGGUUAGGGUAUUAAUAACGUCAUGCCGAAUAAGGCAUUAGUAAGUACUUAAUAGUUAGGAGCAAAUAUUUUACUAAUUUGCAUGUUUAUAAGCAACUAAUUAAUGGUGAAUAUGUUCUCGAUACUAAAGUGUUACAAUGUUUUUUUUUACUGGUGCACAAAAUGGUUUGUUCAAACAACAAAACCAACACAGUGCAUAAACUCACAACAAAUUACACACCUGCAAAUCAGUCAGCUGUUGCCCUAUCCUAAUACACCGACAGGGAGAACAUUUUAUUUGCACGAUGAGUCUGGUGUGUUUUGACCUCCGCCGAACCCCUGAGGUCGACUCACCGAAUCCCUAGGGUUCGAUCGAACCCAGGUUAAGAACCACUGCACUAGAGAAAAAGCACUACAUAAAUAUAAUUCACUUCACUUUUUUUAAUGCCACUUUUUUCCGUUUUUUCGGUAGGUUUUAUUCUCCUUUAAAUCAUGCUAAAACCCCUGGAUAUCUUUUUUUUUUACUGCCAUUAUUUGCCCCUUUUUCUACCACAUUCACAAACAAAGUGGUAGAAACUAAAAUUGUAUUCUUUUUGGAACUUUUGGUUAAUGCGAUACAGUGGGGAAUGGACUUUUUUUUUUUUACUGCUUAUUUACUGUUAAACUAUGAUGUUUUUUGUUUUUUUUCUGUCUUCAUCCGAUUUUGUAACCGAUCAAAGCUGUUUAGAAUGUUGUAUAUCUUCAUAUAUGAUUGGAAAUCCGACUUAUCCUCAUAAUCAUUUUUUGGGAAUCGACAUCUCUGCUGUUUUAUUUUUUUAUGUAAUGCUGUACCAACAUUUUUUUUUAAAAAGUGAUGUAUGUGUAAAAUGUAUGCUUUGUUGUGUUUAACACAAAAUCAGACAAAAAAGGCAUUUAUUUUUUUUUGCCUUGAGAUGACAUGCUGUAUCUUUUGUUUACAAUUAAAUGUUAAGACGAUUUUUCUGCAAA